GCAGGCGCACCUGGAUGCGCCCUGCCCGGCCAGAUCGUUAUCCCCGACCUGCUGCUCCCCGACGCACCGAUCCUCCCGUCUCCGUGCGUCGUGCCGCCGACAUGUCGGAGCUCCGGGCUUACCUGGCCCACCUGGGCGACCCGGAGCUGGUGGCCCGCUUCCAGAGGCGCUGCGGUCUCUUCCCGGCCAGCAGUCCGGGCGGGACGCAGGUGAACGGCGAGAAACCACGUGAUCACCUACAGGAGAGAUGGAACCGCCAGGACCGCAACUCCAACUACACACACCGGGAGAAUGGAUGUGCUGGUGCUCAGGGCUGCAGCAAGCCUCAGUACGAGGUGAGGAACCGGCUGCUGCACUUCCUCUUCCUGUUGUCAGCUGGUCUUGGUCACGAAACCUUUUACAUCACCUGCCUGCCCUGCAUACACUGGAGUCUGGACCCUUUCCUCUGCCGCCGCCUCGUCAACAUGUGGACGUUGGUGAUGUAUAUCGGCCAGGUGAUGAAGGAUUUGUUGAAGAUGCCCCGGCCUCCCUCGCCCCCGGUGGUCAAGCUGGAGACGCGUGUGGAGGCAGAAUACGGGCUGCCCUCCACCCACGCCAUGGCCGCAACGGCCAUCUCCUUCAGUCUUUUGCUGAGCGCUGUUUCCAGAAUACAGUUCCAGUUCGAGGUGGGACUGCUGAUUGCAGUGACGCUGUCGUCCCUGGUGUCUCUGAGCCGGCUGUACACCGGGAUGCACUCGGUUCUGGACGUGGUGAGCGGUGUCCUGAUCUCUGGCGUCCUCCUCCUGCUCACUUACCCUUACUGGGAAACCUUUGACCGGUUCCAGCUGAGCAGCCGGGUCUCCCCCGUCGUGGUACCGUUGCUGCUGUUCCUGCUGAGCUACACGUACCCGGAGCUGGAGCACUACACCACCACCCGGGGGGACACCACCACCAUCCUGGGGGUGUGCAGCGGCUGCUCCGUGGGCUACUGGCUCAACCAGCAGCUGGGCCAGACGUUUGAGCCCCCGGGGACUCUGCCCGUACCCCUGCCCACCCUGACGGCCACGGCCCUGGCCCUGGGGGCCGGACGCUUCCUGGUGGGAGUCGUGGCACUGGUGGGCACGCGGCAGAUCAUGAAAAGUCUGAGUGUACGAAUGCUUUACUCAUGGUACAAGGUGCCAAACGAUGACGGCGGCGCCAGAAGGAGAAAGGAGAUAGAAGUGCCCUCAAAGUUCAGCACGUACACAGCUGUUGGACUUGUUAAUUCAGUACUGGUGAACCGGGUCUUCCUUCUACUUGGUCUUCUAUAACCUGUGAAUGUCUCAUUGAUAUGUAACGAUCUGAACAAAGAAGAAACCUCAUAUUUAUUUCAUUAAAUUGUAUUGCAUGCACGAGUCCUCAGCAGGAAGGAUUCACAGCAGUGGUUGACCUGCGGCUGAAAUGAAAAAGAAAAUAUCGUGCUCACAAGUGUUCUUUUUGUCUGUUAAAUCAGUGUCUCCCAACCUGGGGUCCGGGCCCCCCUGGGGGGGCGCCAGAGAUCUCUGGGGGGGCGCGAAACUUUGUCUGCUUUGAAAUUAUGCAGUUGUAAAAAUUAUAUUUGCGAAUGAGUCAUUCAUAAGACAUUAUUAGGAAUAAUUUAUGAAUGUCUUGAAUAUUUUUUGUGUUUUUUAUACACUGGUGACAAACACAGGAAAUGAUUUCAUUCCUUAUUAUUAUAUCAUUACUCAACAUUUAAUCUACUCCGACAGGUUUUUAAAGAAAAAAUGUUAAAGAUUUUGGUCUCAUAUUAAAAGAGACAUUUUUCAGAAAAUGUUUAUGUCCUUUUAUGCGUAUUUUAUACAUUGGUGACAUUGGAAAA